CUCCUUGGAUCACCUGCUAUCUGUUCACGCGACGCGCUAAAGCUACCAGCUGUGCCUUCUUGAGAGUUUGUGCGUGCACAGAGAACUUUACUGUUUGAACAUGGCUGAUCCCAUUGAGAGCAUCAUGAAGGAAUACGACUAUUCUAAUUUCCCCGAACUUAAGGUGACGGAAGAAUACAACCCCUCUUGGAUAACAAUACUAUCACUUGUGCUGCAGAGUCCAGCGCUGGUGGCUGGACUGUUAGCCAACAUCCUCCUGUUGGUCGUGUUCGCCAGCUCGCCACGCUUGAUUACUGGACCCAAUGUGUUAUUCCUACAGCGUGCUAUAGUCGACCUGUUAUUCCUUCUCUGUGUCCCCCAAUUCAUGCACUUUAAGGCUGUAGGUAUCGUUCAGAUCGGGCUGGCCAGGUGCAAAGCCCUAAGCAUCGUCGUUCAAGGGACUACAGUGGCUACCCUCGUGUUCUUGAUGGCGUAUACCUUGGACGGAUAUCUGGCCGCAAAUCCUCAGCAGCACUCAACUGUGUUCCGGCGCAGUGCGAGGCUUGUCACGUCCGCGGCGAGCUGGGCUUUGGCUGUUGCCGCCGGGAUUGCUGCCUCUGUACUUACCCACCUAAGUAAUAAUGUCCAAUGCAGUCUAAGCCCAAUUUUUGACCAUUCUGGAGUAGUUGCAAUAGCUAUACAAAUGUUCUUGCUCUUCUUAGUGCCACUUGUGGUAGUGUGGGUGUUUGUCGGUAUGACACUUAACCUGCGCAGCUCAGAGGUGAGGGCAGAUCCCGAGGAGGUGAAGGAUGAAAGCCCAAAUCGACGCCUGUUGUUGGGACUGGCAUCGACCUUCACUGUGCUGCAUGGUAUUUACUGGAUUGUCUCCUUAUUAGCCGUCAUCUUUUACACUGUGGAAGCAUUUAUCGUUCUAGAUAUUGCAAGUUCGCUAAGUACCUACGGCGAAGCUCUCAACCCCAUCCUUGUACUUUAUCUGUCAGAGGAACUUCGGCAGAAGGUGGUUGGAUGGCUGCCUUUCCGCCGCAGCCCCGCCUCAGUUCCUCUGCGGGAUAUCAGAGCAAAGAUGGCUGCUAGUCUCAAGAGUUACGACAGCAAGGACCCGUUGGUGAAGUACACUGCCGACCACUCCCUCAGGUUCACCGAGGCACAGAAAAAUUUGAUGGAGCUUACCUUCAAGCUCCCCAAAUAUUACAUGCUGGGGGCGCCGGAGGUCCUGCAACUCAAUGCUAACUUGAUCCGCACCAUGGGAGGAAAGAAGGUGCUGGACGUGGGUGUGUACACAGGCGCGAGUGCCUUGUCAGCGGCCCUGGCGCUGCCCCCCGAUGGUGAAGUGCACGCGCUGGACUUAACUGAUGAAAAUGUAAACUUAGGCAGGAAGUUCUGGAGCGAGGACGGAGUGGCAGACAAGAUCCACGUGCACAUCGGGCCCGCCACGGACACCCUGCAGCAGUUCAUCGACGAGGGCCAGGCCGGCACUUUUGACUUCGCCUUCAUCGACGCUGAUAAACCAAACUUCGAUCGCUACUACGAACAGUGCCUGGUGUUGGUGCGGCGAGGCGGCAUCAUCGCCUUUGACAACACUGUGCUGAACGGCCGUGUGCUGGACCCCGAUGACCAAAAGCCCGAUGCGGUGGCCGUCAGGAAGCUGAACAAGAAGCUGAGGGAUGACCAGCGCAUCUAUUUGUCUUUCUUGAAGAUUGGGGACGGUCUCAGCCUUUGCUUCAUCAAGUAGCGCAGAGAAAAAAGGGAGACUACAAGAAACCAUCAGGCGUACUCGUGGCCAGUCUCUGUGAUCUCUAAUAUAAUCUAAAAAAGUAAAACUGCUUAUUUUUUUUUUAGCAAAUCCAGAAAAAUACCAUAAAUCUAGAAAACUUUUUUAUUUAUGAGUUUAUAAAAUUGCCGUUCUCAAUAUCAAUCACUAUAACUGACUAAUUAGAUAUUAACUUUCUUAUUCUCUCCCACAUCUGUUCUCUCCUCCAUUCUUGUCUCAUUCUUCCUUCUUCUUUCUUGGCAGAUGUCUCUUUAUUGUGUUCCUUAGGUUAUGACAAACUCAUAAAAGAAUGCCGUCGUUUUACUGCACAGCCACGAUACUAUUCAAUACAAGUCUAUAUUUUUCUUUCUUACCUUCAGCAGACCCGUACAGUCUUUGGUGAAGGAACCACUAUAUACCAUUCGUCAAUGUUCCAAACGCUACCAAAGUCACCACAGACUGUUAUGAUACAGGCCAGCGCGUUGCCAUGGAGUGUGUCACACUUUCCGUCGGCUUGAUUCAGCACACAUGCAAGGUUUAUCAGAUGUAUUUAAUCACUAAGACCUUGAUCUGGUAUAACGAUACUGCUACACUGUGCAUACCGGAAAACAGCAAUUGAGCGCCAUGAAACAUUCAGGACUGGUGGUGAUUACGGUAAAUCUCUGACUCCUACCAAAUGAAAUAUGUGAUACUUUGUUACGUAAGCUCUUGAUAAGAUGGACUUCGUGUUAACUAUAAGUCGAAGAAUCU